AUGUGGGAGGCGAAGCUGGAUCCCGACGUCAUCAGCUACAGUGCUGGGAUCAGUGCGUGCGAGAAGGGCGAGCAGUGGCAGUGGGCCCUGGCGCUGCUGAGCGAGAUGUGGGAGGCGAGGCUGGAGCCCGAAGUCAUCGUCAGCUACAGUGCUGGGAGCACCGCGUGCGAGAAGGGAGGACAGUGGCAGCAUGCGCUGUGGCUAUUUAGGCAGGUGUGGGAGGUGACGUUAGAGCGCGACGUGCUCAGCUACAACGCUGGGAUUACUGCGUGCGAAAAAGGCGGACAGUGGAAGCAAGCGUUGAAUCUGCUCUGGGAGAUGCGGGAUGUGCCGUUGGAGCCAGAUUCAAUCAGCUACGUCGCAGGGAUUACCGCGAGCAGGAAGUGGGAGCAGGCACUGUCGCUGCUCAGUUUGAUGGGGGAGGCGAAGUUCAAACCGGACGCUAUCAGCCACAGUGCUGUCAUAGGGGCGUGCGAGAGGUCUUCAGGCGGUUUGGGGGGAUCCUCUAAUUUGUUUUCUGGCCGGUACAUCGCACGUUUUCCCGUAUCUCGGGGGACAUGGAGCGCGCGGUCAUCGUGUGGAAGAAGACGCAUGGGUGAGUGA